AUGGGUAUGUGGUCUUCUCAUAGCCCUUCUCUUCCGCUAUGUCUGCUUCUUUCAUCUUCUGCUUCCUCAUCUUCGAAAGCUACUAAAACACAUCAGCGACCUUGUCCUGUCCAAUUGUUCAAAAUUUUUGCAGAAGAUGAUGGAUGCAAAUCAAGUACAGGCACCUCCGUUAUUGUUGAGGAGGCCUUCCGCCGAUACCACCUAUUGGUUCAUUCACAACCCUUUCCAAAAAUUGUUGCUUUCAAUAAACUAUUUGGAACACUUGCUAAAUGCAAACACUAUUCCACUGUGAUUUCUAUGUACAAAAACAUGGAUUCCUUGAAAAUACAUACCGAUGUGGUCACACUAACCAUCUUACUCAACUGUUUCUGUGGGUUAUAUCGGCUAGAUUUGGGUUUCUCUGUUUUUGGGAUCACCAUGAAACGUGGUUUUGACCCAGAUAUUGUCACAUUGAAUACCCUACUUAAGGGGCUCUGCAUGGUGGAUAAAAUUGCAGACGCCAAAGAGUUGUUCUACAAGAUUCUCCAAGAAGGGUACCCAUGUGAUGAAAUCACAUACUUAAUCAUAAUCAAUGGGCUCUGCAAGACGGGAGACACUAAUGAGGCUUUUGAAAUGCUUAACGAGAUGGAACUCAAGGGUAAAUGUAAGCCUAGUGUUACCACGUAUAGUUCAAUCAUUGAUGGCCUUUGCAAAGGAAGGAUAAAUGAGGCCUUAAACCUAUUCUCUGAUAUGGUCGGUUUAGGAAGAAUAUUUCGGGUCAUCAGAAAUUGGAGGCCUGUGGAGUAUUCUCACUUCAUAAGGGAGAGAAGGUCUUUAUGUGGGUGGCCAUAUUUGGGAGAGUGAAUGUGAAAGUUGAGGGUUUGCACCUAAUUGUUUCCAUUUUCUGAGAAAUUUAGAAUCUGUGAAGCUUCCCAAAUAACCUCCCAACAUUAAUCAAGGUCCAAAUUAUGGACAAGAAACAAUGAAAGAAAUCAAUGAGAAACUGGUACCGACAGACAAACAGAAGAGAGGAUCUAUUAUUACAAGAUGAUGAGGAACAACAACUUCACUGAAGUUCAAGAAACCUUCAUGACAGUCAAUUAGCAAUAUCCACUAAUUGAUGCAUCAACUUAGGGAGGCGGCUUCUGUUUGAAGAUGUCCUUUUUCGCAGUUGCUGAGCCUUCAGCCAAGAGACCAGGUGUGUCCAAUAUUUGCACACCACCAGCACCGCCACCACCACCACCACCAGCAGCAGUCCCACUCAUUCGGGCAUUUGCAAACUUGUGGAAGACAGUCCAUAUAGAAUUGAUAUGGCUUCCAUAAGGUAUACAGACCUCCAUUAAUGAGAAAGAACAAAACCCAAAAAGAACAGAGACAUUUCAGAUUCUGUAUGAUGCUUUCACUAGUCAAUGAUGCAAUUUACCUUAUACUCUCAGAGUGAAGGAGAUAAUGUAUAAUUAACCCUAA